AACGCUGACAGGCUGCUGCAGAGCUCGCCCGUUAGCAGCCGCAGCCGCAGCCGCAGCCGCAGCCGCAGCCGCUCUCUGCUACGCCUUAGCGGCUCUCCUGAAAGUUAGCCCAGCGCCUUUGGGGAAAGCUGUGCUACCAUUGCCCGCCCGCCUGCGAGGAGGAGGUCGUGGGGCGGCUGGAUUGCCUUCCGCUACUCUGAGGUGCACAAACAGAACAAGAACGUAAGAACAAGAUAGAGAAGAGAUUUGAAAAUUCCUGGUCCCAGGGAGGAAAAAGGAAAGACUCAAGUUAUCACCAAGAGGCAGAAGGGCAAUGCACCAUUGCCUGUAGCUUGCUGAUGUAGUGCCUUCCUGUUCAAUGCAUGCUUACAUCAGCUGGACUCGUGGAAAAGAAGAACUAUUUAACCUGAAAGUCAAAGUUACCUAGCCCCCAAGAUUAAGGAUAAGCUUGGCCAAUAAAGAUACAUGGGACAUAUAUACUAUUAGAGGUUAUCAAAGACAUUCCAAGAGCUGCAUAGGUCCUUAAGAAGAAGUGGAUGGGAAUUGCAUAUAUGAAAUUAAAGAAUUCUGAAGAGCUGUCACUGUUUUUCAGAAUCAAUUGGACCGUGUAGCCUGUGCAAACAUGGAAGGGGAUUGUUUGAGCUGCAUGAAAUAUCUGAUGUUUGUCUUCAAUUUCUUCAUAUUUCUGGGUGGUACCUGUCUCCUGGGAGUUGGAAUAUGGGUCAUAGUUGAUCCCACAGGAUUUCGAGAGGUAGUGGCUACUAAUCCUUUGCUCUUUACUGGAGCAUAUAUCAUGGUGGCCAUGGGAGCUAUGCUCUUCUUGCUGGGAUUCCUUGGUUGCUGCGGAGCGAUCCGUGAGAACAAAUGCCUCCUUCUUUUUUUCUUCAUGUUUAUUUUGCUAAUCUUCCUGGCAGAACUCUCAGCUGCAAUCUUGGCAUUUAUCUUUAGAGAAAAUCUGACGAGAGAGUAUUUUACCAGGGAGCUGAAAAACCAUUAUCAGGGGAACAAUGAGUCAGAUGUCUUUUCUUCCACCUGGAACUCAGUCAUGAUCACAUUUGGCUGCUGUGGUGUCAAUGGUCCAGAAGAUUUUGAGGCAGCCUCUCAUUCCUUUCUUCUGGAUUCCCACCAUGCUGUUCCUGAAGCUUGUUGCCGACGGGAGCGCCAGUCUCGUGAUGGAGCAUUCAUCAAUAAAGAAGAGUGUCUGAAAGGAAAGGAUAUCUAUCAGAACCAACAGGGCUGCUACACUGUGAUCCUGAAUUCCCUUGAAACCUCUGUGUAUCUUGCAGGAGCUCUUGCCAUUGGUGUUCUAGCCAUCGAGCUGUUUGCUAUGAUCUUUGCCAUGUGCCUCUUUCGAGGGAUCCAGUAGGAAGGGCUUCAUGAGCCACAAAUGAUUUUUCAAGGACGUGCUUUGAAGAAGGAAAAGAAAGAAGAUAAACUUUAUUUUUGGGGUUAACAAAAUAAAAAAGGAGAGAAAGGAUUGUAAUAUAUAAAUGAUUGAAAGGAUUGUACUUCAGGGGCUGGAACUUUGAGGUGCUGCCUAGUUCCUUGCCAUCACCAAGGGGAGUCAUUCACCUGAAGCCACUCAAAUGGGUUGCACUAAAGACCUGCAAGACAGGAUGGGACAUGAACUCUAAUAAUAUCCAGGAUGCUGUGUGGAGCACACAUCUCUUGUAUAGUAGUGAUCCAUUGACUGAAGAAGAACAAGAAGACCAACGCCUAUUUUAAACGAGAUCUUCAUUUAGAAUACUAAAACUGUCACCCAAAGCGUUGUGAUGUAUACAGAUUAGUUCAAUUUUUAAGCUAACAGGGGAAAAGGCAUUGGCACCUGACCUGCUGGUUUUCUGCCAAGAUGGAUAGUUUCCUGUCUCUUGUGCUAUCCAGAAGAUACAAGCAUUCUGGAAUGCUGAGAAUGGAGAACGCCUUCACCAAGAAUCCUGAGGAUGGGGUUGGGUGUGUCAGAUCUAAUGGUGGAAAAUAGGAUAUGCUGAAAUCAGUGCAUACCAUUUUAGUGCAUACCAUUUAUCACAUUGAAUUUUCUGAUCAGUGUUAUGUGCGAACAAAGACUAAAGCAGCUCAGCUGCUGGUUCCCUCACCUUAAAGAAAAAAAAUGUUCUCCUCUAGAAUUGUUGGUGCUGUCUCCCUUAAGGAGUUGUAUCUGUUUUGGGUUUUUUAGGCUUUUGAAUAUUUUGUUACCAUCAUGCUCUGUGAAAAAUACAUUGCCAAGUUUGGCCUUCAUAGCAAUUGAUUAGCUUGGUGUCUUGUCCUCAUGUGCCUUUCAAUCGUGUUAAAAAACAAACAAACCAACAGGCAAGGAAAAAGUGAGGCACUUUUGCAGUUGUCUUUUGCGGGAUUUAAUUUGUAAGUCUUGUGACGUUGCUGCUGUUUCAGGCAUUCUUAGCUUAAAAAACAAUGUACCCUGACUUAAAACUUUUUUUCUUUUCAUUUUUAACUGUUGCCAAGUUCUAGCUUCAGUGGUCUGUUAUCCACUCAGUGAACACAAUCAACAAGCCUAAGAAGCAGUACUGAAGUUCUAAGACAUACAGUACAAGCAGGGGUGUGUAAAACAUUUCAAGUACAAGGAAUUUUGAGCUUGAAACUUUCCAUUUCAAAUUUUAAAUAGGUCCUCCAAGUUUGAAAUGGGUUGCCCUGACCAUUCCAGAAGAGUGAAACAGCCCUGUAUGAAUCUCAAAACACUUCCUUCAGACUGGGAAUAUUUUGUUCAGACUUAAUUCCAAGGUAUAUUUGUUGUGUAAUGAAUACGUAAAUUAUAGUGAAAUCACAUUACUACAAAAUGGCAGACAGAGAUUUAAACCGGCAAAAUAAUGUAAUCUGACACUUUUCAAGAGAGAUGGCAACUUAAUACUAAAAAUAGGAAUAGAAUUUGGUGACUUUGCAUGCCAAAGAUGAGAUGUUAAGAAUCCUUGGGGAAAGCAAUAACAUUCCUCUAUAAGUAAUAACCCCCAGAAGUAUAGUUUGGGGGGGGAAAAACAGCAAUCAUUAUCUGAUAUGAGGUGAAAAGUGAGAACAUGCUCGAACAAUCAUAAUUAUCAUGACUAUUUGGUUAAUGAAUGGCAUCAGAUGAUAAACUAAAUCUUAAUGCAAUCCUUGACAAUCUCCCAAACAUGGUUUCAAUGGUAUUUUGUUCAGUUCUGCACAAUUGGAAUUCACUAUGGCUCCCAAACAUGACAAAUCCAUUUUUUGCAGGAUUUGCAAAAGAGCUCUGUUAGUUGGACGCAUCUAGAAAUAAUGACCUACAGCUCCCACAAUAUAUGAAAGGCAUUUUGUUGGGGGUGGGGUUCAGGAGCAGAUUGCUAUUUGAACAAAAUCUUGGGAUGUCGGCAGAGGGACAUAACAGGAUGCCAGGUGCUGACCUGUGACUCAGUAAUCUACUAUUGGCUGCUCCAAUGGGCAGGAUCCAUCCAAGAGUCCCUCUGGUAGGAGGAGAUGGGCGGUGACCAAUUUGAUUGAUAAAUAAAUAAAUAAAUAAGAUGAGCAGCAUGUGAUUGUCUGAUGAUUGUUUAAUUUUAACUACUGUCAGCCUUAGCCAGCAGAGAGGAUACUAAGGGUGCUAUGAAUUAUUAUUCAGAAGCAUCUGAAGGGCAAUACAUUGGCUAACCUAUUUCAAGGAAUUAGCCCUGAGAUCUGUUCUCCAUCUCCCCCCACCUCCCCCACAAGGUAACACAUUCCUUGAAAAAUGAAACUAAUAAAUUAACUGACGGAUGGGGCAGAUGAAGGCAGAACCAAGAGAAGUCUAGUAUAGUUUUCUAAUAUUCUCUUGCUGUUUCAGAAUCUCAGUGCUGGUGUGUCCUUAGUCUAGCUUGCCUGGUGGAUUUCUCAUUUCUGACUCAUUCUGUUUUCUCCAUUUGCUCUCCAAUCUGUACUUUCUUCUGGUAUAAAUCUGCCCUUUCCUCUGGCUACUUCCACACAGUAAGAAUGAGACGGGGCUGUUUAGAUGAUCAAGUACAACCUCCUGUCUAUUGUAAGAACCCACUUAGAGCCUCCUGACAGAGGGCUGUCUAGCUUCUGCUCGAGCAAACCUAAUGAAAUGGAGGCCACCACUCCUUGGCAGAGAAAAGGGGGUAAGUUGUUUUACAAAGUAAUGGGCACUGGUUACUUGCUGGCUUCAGAGAUACCUGUCAAAGGCCAGACAGAGACAUUUGCCUUACUACAAAGCCACGCUAAUGGGGGGAACAAACUGUCUGAGAGAAGAAAGAAAUGUGUUAUAUGAGAGAACUCUUGAAGGUAAAGCUACCAAACAACCAUGUUUGAUCAAGCGUGCAACUG